AUGUCGUGGUUACGAUCGGCGGUGCACAAAGCAGUCGAAGUCGGCGGGAAGAAUAACAUCACCCGAACCGUCCGCAAUUACGCCGAUUCCGUCGUCCUUACCGCCGGCAAUGCCGUCUCCGAAGGGGCCAAACUGAUCCAGGAUCGCAUCGGAUCGAGGAAUGUGAAGAGCUUUAGUCUCGCGGUGAAGAGACUAGAAGAGGUAUCGGUUUCUUCUAGAGGCGGCGAGAGAGUGCAAUUGCUGAGAAGAUGGCUCGUCGCUCUCAGAGAGAUCGAGAGAAUGUCUGAUUCGAGCUUCGAGAACAAUCAUAGAACCGACGAUCACAACCCACAAAAUCCAGAGGAAUCUAAAGAUUCUCCCAAGAAUUUCAGCACCGUUUAUUACGUUGAUCCUAGUCUUCCCGGUGAGCCGAUGACUUUCCGUGAUGUGUUUCUUCACAGUGAGGCUCUUGAAGGCAUGGUCUUAUCUAUGAUUCUGGAAGCACCGAAUGAGGAAGAAGUGCAGCUGCUUCUGGAACUGUUUGGGCUCUCUUUGUCAGGAGAGAAAGAAGUUCACGAAGCAGUGAUUCAGAAUGUGCAGGACUUGGCAACGGUGUUUUCCAAAUACAAGGAUGAAGUUUUGGCAAAGCGUGAGGAGCUGCUUCAGUAUGUCCAAGGUGCAAUUGCAGGGCUUAAAGUCAGCGCUGAUCUUGCAAGAAUAGAUACUGAAGCCCAUACUCUGAUGGAGAAACUAGAUAAGACGAAGGUCAAGGUUCUUGAGCAGGCUUCAAAUGAAGAUAGUUUGAAAACCGCCGGAACCAAUGCUGCAUCAACAGAGGCUCUCCGAGAAAUUCUUGAGCAAGUUCGCACUUUUUCGAAGCUAGAAGCACUCUUGCUGAAGAAAAAAACAUUAAGAAACGGUGAUUCCCUUAAAAGCCACAGUGAGAAGGUUGAUAAACUGAAAGUUCUGUCAGAAUCUUUACUCAAUUCUACCUCGAAAGCCGAAAAUCGAAUCGUGGAUCAUAGAAGCCAGAAAGAAGAAGCUCUUAGCUACCGAGUUUCAAAAACUAAUGAAGUUGGCCAGCUGGAGAAGGAUGUAGAGGCAGAACUGAAAAAACUUGAGCAUGAGAAGGAUGAUCUUGAAGCUAGGCUGAAAACGGUCAACACCUCAAUAACGUCUGCCCGGGCUCGCCUACGCAACGCCAGAGAAGAAAGAGAGCAGUUUGAUAAUGCAAGUAAUGAAAUUCUUAUGCACCUCAAGUCAAAGGAAGAAGAGCUGACUCGUUCGAUAACUUCAUGCCGAGUAGAGGCAGAUGUUGUAAAUAAGUGGAUAAAAUUCUUGGAAGAAACCUGGAUUCUCCAGUCUAAAUUUGAUGAACAAAAGAAAAAUCAAGUGAGUGGGGAGAUGGAGAGAUACGGUGACCAUUUCAUCGACCUGAUUGUUCAGCUCCUCUCUUUCUACAAGGAACAGUUGGAUCCUUCUAUUCCCAAGAUCCGAAGAGUUGUGGAAAAUUUGGACCCAAGUAAAGGGUUAGAAGCAGAAAAAAAGACAGACGAUAAGGAUACAAAGCCAAUCGAUUCUAGAAAACAGCAUGAGAAGGAGUAUCUGGACCUUGAAGCUAAGUUUGUAACAACAUUAAGUGUGGUGGAUGCGAUGAAAAAGCCAUUCUAUUCACAAACGGAAGGUAUCUCCAGGAAAGACGAUAAAAGAGUGAAAGAACUAUUUGAGGCAUUGGACAAGACAAAGCAAGAGUUUGAGUCUAUCGAACGCCCGCUUCUGGAUAUUGAGUCUCCUACAAGAAACUCUGCUUCUUCACGCUCACCGUCCCUGAAGAUGACUCUGGAGACUCCACUUUCCGACGUAGUCCUGAAACAAUCCGGUGGUGAUGAUUCACCAGACAGUAAAAAAGGAUCCUCGGAGAAGGAAGACCCUGCGAAGAAACAGCUCGAGAUGGAGCUGGACGACGGAGAAGAGUUCUUGACAGACGAAAUCAAUGACUGGGAAUUCGACGCUCUUGAUGACACACUUACCUCAAAGAAACAAUAG